GGCGGUCCGGGGCGGCCUUCUCGGGCUCCGGCACUGCCUUCCCGCCGGCGGCCGCGCUCGCCUCGCUUCAUGCCUCGCCGGAGGAGCGGGCGCCGCCGAGGCCGAGACCGCGGCGGAGCGGCCCAUGGCGGAGGCGGCAGCGGCCCCGGAGGAGACCCGCCAGGGCCUGAGGGCGGCGGCCGGGCCGGGGGAGGGAAAUAAUCUUCAGAUGGAAGGGACCUCGUGUGUUUCCUCUGUUGUCUCAGGCCUCAUGAAUCCUGUCACAAAGCUUGCCACUGCCAGUUCAAUCAAUACGUUUGUGGUGGAGUUUCCACGGAAACGCAAAGGAAGUGAUUCUGAUAACCAGUACGCAGGUGACAUUGAUGUUGACGAUCUACAGAGCAGGAGUGAAGAUGACGAACAUGUAAAAAUUAAAUAUUUCAGGGAGGCUCAUAGCCAAACAGAAAAGCGAAGAAGAGACAAAAUGAACAACCUGAUAGAAGAACUAUCCGCCAUGAUACCUCAGUGCAAUCCAGUAGCACGUAAACUGGAUAAACUUACAGUGUUAAGAAUGGCCGUGCAGCACUUAAAGUUUUUGAAAGGUUCUACUAGUUCUUACUCAGAAGUCCGCUAUAAGCCUUCAUUUUUACAAGAUGAUGAACUCCGACAUUUAAUCCUUAAGGCUGCAGAUGGGUUCCUAUUUGUGGUUGGAUGCGAUAGAGGAAAAAUCUUGUUUGUUUCAGAAUCAGUCUCCAAGAUUCUCAAUUAUGACCCAGCCAGUUUGAUUGGCCAAAGUCUUUUUGACUAUCUUCAUCCGAAAGAUGUUGCCAAAGUGAAAGAGCAACUUUCAUCUUCAGAUGCUACGCCAAGAGAAAAGUUAAUAGAUGCCAAAACUGGCUUGCAAGUCCACACUGAUUUCCAGGCAGGAUUAUCUCGCCUGCAUUCGGGUGCUCGGCGGUCAUUUUUCUGUCGAAUAAAGUAUACAAGAAACAUUAUCAAAGAAGAAAAGGAGUCUUUGCCAAGCGCAAAAAAGAAAGAUCAUAAAAAGUACUGUACAGUUCAUUGUACUGGUUAUCUGAAGAGCUGGCCUCCUAAUGAAGUCGGAGUAGAAGAAAAUGAUGUGGAAAAAGACAGCAGUAACUACCACUGUCUUGUUGCAAUCGGGCGAUUACACCCGUACAUUAUUCCCCCCAAAAGCGGAGAGAUUAAGGUCAAGCCAGCGGAGUUUGUAACACGCUUUGCCAUGGAUGGAAAAUUUGUUUUUGUAGAUCAACGAGCAACAGCAAUUUUAGGUUAUCUGCCACAAGAAUUGUUAGGAACUUCUUGCUAUGAGUACUUCCACCAAGAUGAUCACAGUCAUCUAACUGAUAAACACAAAGCAGUGCUGCAGAGUAAAGAAAAAAUAUUUACAAACUCCUACAAAUUCAAAGCAAAAGAUGGUUCUUUUGUCACACUAAAAAGUCAAUGGUUCAGUUUUGUAAAUCCAUGGACUAAAGAACUGGAAUACGUCGUGUCAACCAAUACCGUUGUUCUAGGCCAUAAUGAGAUGGGUGAAGAAGCAUUGCUGCCCUGCAGUUCCCUGUCUUCAGAAGACAUGCCAAAGCCAUCAUUUCUUGGUGUACCGGGGAUGUCUACGGAAACUGUGCUUGGGGCUGGAAGCAUAGGAACAGAGAUUGCAAAUGAAGUCUUAGAUUUGCAAAGAUUACAUACAUCUCCACCUCUUGGGGAGUUAAGUCCAUCAGAUCUUAUGAGGAAGUCUUCUUCCCCAGUUAUAACAGUAACCUGCAGUAAUGUGCCAAGUAAAGAGCUGAUUCAAUUAUGUCCUUCUGCAGUGGAAGAUCUGGAGACUCCAGGGCGAAAUCAGGGCACUGUUUCAUUCCCUAGCAAUGCACCUCUCCUCAGUGAUUCUGCACAGUUGGAUUUUGACGCAGUGUGUGAAAACGACACAGCCAUGGCUGCACUUAUGAAUUACUUGGAAGCUGAAGGCGGUCUGGGUGAUGCAGCAGAGUUAAGCGAGAUGCAGUGGACUCUCUAGUUGCGUGUCUGCAGCUGAGAAGGAACAUCUUUUAAUGCACAAAAAGAAUUCUACGUCGCUAAGUACUGUAUUGGUACCACUUAAGGCUUUAAAUAAUAUUUACUAUAUUAUAUAUAUUUUUAAAAGACUUGCCUUGUUCAUAAAGAAAUCAGUUUAACUGCAUUACAUUGAAAAGAUGUGAUAUUUUUAAAGGACACACACGACCUCAAUUUGUUACUCAUACAAAUGUUGACUGGAAAACUUAAAAAGGUUAUAUUUUUCCUAAAAAUCUUUAGGUAGAAUAUAUUGUAAAAAUGGGCAUAGGGUUUUUUGUUCUGAAAUGUUCGAUUUUUUGAAAUAUUUAAGUUCCUAAUUUAUUAGCAUCACUUCGGAAAUGUCUCGACUUUAGUACCGUUAGAAUUUUUAAAGUAUCAAUUUCUGUGGAAACUGUAUUCUGUUUGAGGCUUUUAUUUUAAACACAAAACCUGGGAUCAAGAAGCAGACAGUCCUGUUAAAAGGACCAGUCAUCACGUACAACAAGGGAAAACGCGCGUGUGUGUGUGGGUCUCACUACAAAACCACUAGAGGCAAGUGGGAGCUCGGAGGCCUGAACUCCAUGCAUCUCAUCGCAUCUAACAUUGGCAGCAGGCAGACCAAAAACGAAGCGCAGCAGAGAGCUCACUGCUGCUGCCCACAUUCAUAUCAGGCACUGAUUGGACAGUUGCUGGUUAUUCUACCAGAAACCUCUUAAGCGACAGACUAGACAAUCAUUGCUACCAAGAUUAAAAAUAGAAGUAGGAAUGUUGAUUGAGAUAAACCAGUUCAGGAAAAAUUGAACUAUAAAGAUAUUUUGUGUUAAUUUUUUAGUGUACAAGCAUGAAAAUCUUGCUUCACUGCUGGGCCCUGGAGUGGGUGUGAAGCUCUCGUGGUCCUUCCAGUUGUGAUGCGGGAAAUGGCUCCAACAGUUCAGGCAAUAGCCAGUUUAGAAGGCUGGGAGGCACCGUGCGUCCCAGAGGAUAGAGAUGAGAGCUCCAGUUCCAGAUGCCAGAAACCUUCUGCCAUACCUGAAAAAGGAGAUGUGGCGGUCCUCUCAUACAGUCCGCUCCUCGGCAUUUGGACAUGUAGGCAAACGCAUGUCUUCAAACAUGCUGUGUUAAACUUGGACUGAACUUGAGCUUCAGCUGAAAUUAACUAUAUUUUAAAAUAGUUUUAAAGGUAGGCAAUAGUGAAUAGUUUUUCUGAAGUGUGAUAGAACUUCAGUAAAAGUGCGUGUGUGGGGGUGGGUGGGUGAGAGAGACACAGAGAGAGAGAAAUGUGGGGAGCUUGCCUUGCACCUUAUAAAAUUCGCAGGUGGGCCCCAUAACAACCUGAGACCACGUUCCACAUUGUAUGUAGGGGCCAGUUAAUGUUUUCCCCAUGGGUAGUGCAAUUCUAAGGCAGGCACCUGUGCCCCAGCUUAUCUGUGGCGCAGCUGUCCCCUCCCCAAUGUCUUUCGCAAGAGAGUCACGCUAGCGGCCAAGUCUAGCAAGGCAUGUGAGGCCAUAGCAGGGAGCAUCUCCCAGCGGCCAUGCCACCCCUCAUGUCAGGCCAGCGAGUGGCAAGGAAAGGCGCAGCCAGUGUGUGAGUCGCAAUCCCCACCAGCUGUCAACACCUCCCCUCCAGAGACCAGGCUGCCGGAGACCAGAAGGUCCCGUGAUUGCAGCGCCUGUCCUGAGGCACCCGACUUAGGAGAAGCCCUCUGUAGAGGGGGGAGCUCAGGUGCUGGCGGGGCAGGCCCCCUGAGCUCCCUGCUGGGUCCAGGUGGACUGUUGAGUCUCCGCUUUCUCAUGGACAGGUCCCACAGUGCUGCCUGUCAGGGUUGCUCCCCUCCUCUGCAGAGAGCAGGUGCUCAGGGCACAAAGGCCCCCUACGAUCACACUCACCAUGCCCCCACAGAGACAGGUGGGGGGGUUGCUCAGCCAAGCUGCAGGAAGGGCGCAUGCUCACCCCCUGUGGUGGGGAACUGUCAGGCCAACAGCCAAGGCACCAUGUACCUGGAAGGCCCCCCAGGCUCCACAACCCUGGGACGUGGUUGUGCCCCUUCUUCGCGGAAGCUGCAAAGGAGGCAUGGGGCAACUGCCUCAUCAAAAGGCAAAGAGACAGCGGGGGGUGGUCCGGGCAGGGUGCCCCUGGAGCAUGCCCCAGAAACUGCUGAAAGGUACAUACUCCCCUGGUAGAUGAGGAGGGGGCUACAACCUGCUCAAGAAUGUACCAUGCUCACCAGUGGAGGGGGGCUCCUGGUGACUAUUCUGUGUGCCCCUGGCAGGCAGAGGGAUGGGAGGGGGGCUGGCAGUGGACCACAAGCUGCAGUUACAAGCUGUCCAAGCAGCCUCUCAAUGCAUGCCUGACCCUUGUGCGUGACAGCCAUAGAUGCCGCUGCAGAUGCAUCCAGCCCGGCUGUGUGCUCGUGACCUCCUCCUCCUCCUCCACUCACGGCGGAUCUCCAGCAGCUCUUUCUCGAUUGCUGCUCUCAUGCCUCCCUCUGAUCUGGAGCCUGUGGCACCCAGCUCCUGGUCUGCCGGCCGGCCCCCUCUGCGUUCCCUGGGUGUGUUGCUCUGCCUCUCUCGGAGGAUGUUGAGUCCGUCCAUGGCUGCUGGCUCCCCUGUGGCAGCUGGCUCCAGGGACCUGGUGAUGCAGAGGCUGCAGGACAGCUGUUCCCGCCACCGCUGCCUGUCUUGAUGGGGUCAGGACUCAGAGAUGUGCCACCAGUUCAGCAGUGAAUGUCAGUGUGCGGGCUCCUGGAGGGGCGGGGGACAAAACCGGGAUCUCAUGUUGGGUGGCUGGACCCAGGCAUGCUGCCUGGGUCCUGGGCCACCUCCUCAGCCAUUGUUUCAUGUCUGUCUUCUUCCACUUCACCAGUGACAGGCUCGUCCCCCAUGUCGGCCAGCUCCAUUUCCUCCUGCCUCCCCUCCUCGGGACUGGGAUGGGUGGUUUAGGCACAGGGCUCCCACCAGGGUGCCCCACUGCUUCAAACAAGGGCCCCACGACUGGUUUGACCUCUCCUGGAGCCAGGGCUGGUCAGCUGGUUCCCGGCCACCCUCCUCUCCCCUGGCCUUCUCGUCCCUGUCACCCGACUGCAUCUGGAUAUUCUGCUGCUGCCAGGGCUGCAUGGAACUCCGAUCCUGUGAGGAAGACAGUCACAGGGUUGUGCCCCGCCAUAGCAAGGAAGUUAUGAGAGCGAGCAUUCAGUUACCCCGACUCACGGCUGUGCUCUCGCCUCUGCCAGAGAGGAGGUCCCAGCUGGGGGUGCCCACAUGGCAGUGAGAGCCUCCCCUUCUGAAGCAAUUGUGUUCGAGUGCGGGUCCCUGGGCAACUGCCUCUUUGGCAGGCAUGGACCUUGCCGGCUUGCAGGCCGGGACCACACCCCGCCCCUAACUGCGAGGCUGAACUGCAGAGGCCAGAGUUUGGGGGGUGCUGCCAGUGAGGGUAUGGGGGUGUGUGAACAAGCAUGCUAGGGGGGCCGGCUCUUCAGGGCUUUCUUACCUGUCACUGCACCCUUGACCCUCUCUGAGCCAGGACUCAGGGUGGGUUACCUGUACAGGAACUUGAGAGGGAGUUGUCAGUCAAACAACCAGGACUUCGCUCUCUUCCCAUGUGUGGGUGUGAGGAACACCCUGAGUCUCACCCCAUCCCCCUUGCGCACUCUAGCAUCCCCCUUCCAUCCAGCUACAACCACAAAGGCCAGUGUUUGUGGAGUGCUGCCAGGGAGGGGAGGGUCGAGGCUGGUGUGAAUGAGCAAGCGGGGUGGCUGGCUUCUCAGCUCCUUACCUGUAGGUCAGCCCUCGCCCCUCCCUGAGCUGGCACUUGGGACCAGUUACCUGUACGGGAACUUGAGAGGUAGUUGUUUGUCAGACAUUCAGAACUUAGCUCUCCUUCCGUUGGUAGUGUGAGGUACACCCUGAAUUUUGCCAAGUUCCCUCUGUGUACUCCCCCCUUGUGCUCUAAGUCUCUGCAGCAGAGGGCUCUCGGUAGAGCCUCCGCCCAUAUUCCUACUUACCUGGGUUCACAGCUGGAGCUUAUGUAGGGUGGGCGGGGGAAUGACUAGACGCCAGGGAGGGGGCUCCGCUGCCGUGGGGCCACGAGCGGAUUGGUGGCUGUGGCACUUGGCAUCCUCUGCUCUGCAGAGUCAUGUGGGCGGGGCGGGGCAGGCAGGAGGUGACUUGUCCCUUACAAUGAGUGCCUAUGGCCUACGCUUCCUUAUUUGUGGCAUAACUUUCCGCUGUUGCUGGGGGAGUUCCUGUGCCCGAAACAGCUUAGGGGGUGGACUAACUUGCGCCCCACCCCCAGCCCACCGGCGCAGGGAGUUAUGGCCCAUUCUGCUCGCAUCCAGCUGCUGUGGCUGAGCACCAGUGGGCGACCCAGGUGGAGUGGCAUUGUGCUGCUACACCGUUGUAACUCCUAGUCAGUUUCCCCAGCACUUUUGCCCCUCCCUCCAGGAUUGUGCCAAACAUGUCAAAAAAGACAUUUUAUCUUGCAUGUUACGGACGGCAUUGGAGAUGUAGAUAGAGUUAUGUGCUAAUUUUUGUCAUGUGAAAAGCAUCCCUGGAGCUGAAAUUGCAUAUUUAUUUUAGGGGAAAUGUUGUGUGUUUGCGUGUCUGGGAUCCACAACUGAACUGCUGAGCCUGAUUUUUAAAGGAGGAGAUAAGAACGGGUGGAGAGCAGCUUUUUAGCCUUUUCCCCUUGCUUAGUUUUUAGUCAUGAUUAGCAAGCUGCUUUUACUCAGCUGACAAAAAGGGUAUGAGGGAAAGUGAUUAGCAAGUCCGUUGUGCCGCUCUUGCAGAACGCACCAUGGCCGCAUUUUGCACUAAAAGGAGUCUCUCGAGAGACGAAUGGAAUGACCUGGUGUAGCAUAGUGGCUAAGUAGCUGAACUGUGGUGGCACUGCUGGUUCGAAUCCCACUCCUGCCACGAACUCUGCAGGUGGCCUUGGGUCAGCCCCUCCUCUCAGCCUCAGCGCCCCAGCUGUAUUGUGGGGAUCAUCAUAACACUGACUUUGUCCACUGCUCUGAAUGAGGCACUAAUCUGUCCAGAAGAGAGGUAUACAAAUGAACUGUUAUUAUUACAUUAGAGGUGUAGAGCUGCACUGAGGGAAUUCACUGCUGCUAAUUCUAGGGGAAGGUGAAGUAAGAGCAAUUGCUCCCAAAUAGCCACUAGAUGUCCUUCUGCUUCUGUUCUAGAGGAACGCAUAGUAUGGCUUGCAAUGGAGAUGUUUCAGCUGCCUUCACUUUUGUGUCAGUAACAUGUACACAGUUGCAUAAUACAUGUAAGUGCAGAAAAGUCACACUUUGGAAAAUACUGUGUUUAGAAAAAUACAAAGUGGACUUUUCUCCCUCUUACUAAUUUCCCUUUAUAGAGAAAAGCAGACCGAUGCCUUGUAGCUUUGCAUGAAACGGAUUCUAAAAAUUGCCUAUAUUAGUAAAGCUGAAUGUGGCUUGAAUUCCAGCAUAUAAAUUAGUAACUGGGGGCCUCUUCAGGGCGCUUCCUGCUCUUGCUCCCCAGCCAAGAAGUAAAAAGUAGAGAAGUAAGAGCUAAGCUACAAGAGACGAAUUACACAAGGAGGAGCACGUGAAGGGAGUUGCAAGGUUAGCCGGGAAGCCGAGUUUUAAGAGAUCGGAAGGCUUUGUCAAUUUCCCCUCUGGACAGAGCCAGGGAGAUCUCUGCUGGGAGGAUUUACUUUCCUCUUUGCCUGGGGAAGGGUCUGUCAGUUUCACCUAUCCUUCUUGGCGGCAAAGAGGAAAUUAACAAGUCCUCUGAGCAGCAAUCUCCCUGUCUCUGUAGAGAGGAGAAGUUCACAAAGCCUUCCAAUCUCUUUUAAAACUCAACUUCCCAGCUAACAUUGCGACUCCCUUCACGUGCUCCUCCUUGGCUCUGAGUGACCCAGAAGGAACUGGAACCGAGACUCGGGUCCACCCCCAGCCCUCCUGCUCCAAGCAUCCCUUUGGGAAAAUUGCAGAGGAGUGUGUAGACUAAUGGAAGAAUCAGAUUUGAAACGUUGCACCGGCUCCACUUAAGUGGCCAGAGAACGAUUUGGGGGAGUCAGAAAGAUGCCGGGUCCUUUUAAAAAUAUGCUGGUAGUUUCCUGUUUGAGCCACUCUGAGUGGGAAAAGAGAGGAAAGUCAGAGUGAAGCAACAAGGAAACGCAGCUCUUCCUGUCUGCCCCGCUUUCUGGUUAUGUUCAGAAGGGUCAGGAGAAGGAUCCCAACAGGAAAAGGAAGUAGCUGGUAUGUGUUCAACGUUAGCCACUGUUCUGAGAUUUUCCUGUGUCUGUUCAUGCGUUCUUUUGCCCAUUAGAGGCAAACCUUUUGUGGAAUUACUUUUACUCAAGAAACGGUGCGCAGGAGAAGCAACAUGUACAAUAUCUGUCCAUUUUCUGAUGUAUUAAAUCCUUUCCUUAUUUCUACCACUUGAAGGCUUGCUGGUUUUCCUUCGCUGAUUUCUACUUCACGUUCAGUAUACUUUGUAAACGUUUAUGCUAACUAAUGGGCAGAGAAAAUUAAAAUAUAUUUUCUACAA